AGAAUUAUUCUUCGCCAAUUGAUUGAUUCCUUCAGGAUCUCUAUCUUCACCCGCCGAGUAAGGAAGAUGAGCAGAAGGGCUGCUGUUUCUGCAAUCGAGCUCGUUCAUGGAAGAGGAUUUAUCAAUCGACGGUCUCAUAAAUCGGGUAUUCUCUCUCCUCCAUUCUCUCUCUUCUCAACCAAGGCUUUCCAACCUAAGCGGCGCACAAUAGAUUUCAGUAGUGUUAAAGAAUUAGAUGAUGCUAUUAAAUUGUUUGGAGAGAUGAAGAGUAUGCGGCCUGAGCCUUCUAUUCUAGUGUACAACAAAUUUAUGAGUGUCUGUGUAAAGAUUGAGCAGUAUUCCUUUGCCCUCAAUGUGUUCGAUGAAAUGCUUCAGAAGGGUUUCCCUGUUAAUCGUUACACUAUGAAUAUUGCGGUUAACUGUUGCUGUCACUUGAAAGACAUAAACUCUGGUUUUGCUAUCGUGGCCUUGUUUUUUAAGAGUGGAUACGAACCAGAUGCUGCGACAAUCAACCCUCUCAUUAGAAGGUUGUUUUUAGAGGGCAAGGAGGCGGAAGCUGUGAAAUUGUUCCAAAAGGUUCUAGAUUUAAAAGUUUGCGAGCCUAAUGGUGUUAUGAUUCUGCACUUGAUAGAUGGGUUAUGCAAAACUGGAAAGGUCGUUGAAGCUUAUGAUUGGGUUCGUAGAUUAGAAAGUUGUGGGUGGAGACCCAACAUUAACGCUUAUAACACAUUAAUUAAUGGGUUCUGCAAGGGUGGACAAAUAGAUGAAGCUUUGGAACUUCUGCUUAAGAUGACCAACAAGGGUAUGUUACCCGAUGUUGUCACAUAUAAUACCAUGAUUAAGGGACUGUUUGACAAUGGUAGGCAUACUGAUGUUGGAGACUUAUUGAAUGAAAUGGCCAAUUCCAAGAUAUCUUUGAAUGUGCGUACUUUCAGUAUAUUGAUCGAUGCAUAUUGUAAGGAAGGAAAGAUGGAUGAGGCUGCGAAUGUGUUGGAAACUAUGACGCAGCAGAAUAUUUUUCCCAAUGUCUUCACUUAUAGUACACUGAUUGAGGGAUUUUGUUUGAAAGGUGAAAUUGAUACAGCAAAACAAUUGCUCGAUUCCAUGGUAGAGAUGGGCCUAAAGCCUAAUAUUGUUAGUUAUAGCAGCUUAUUGAAUGGAUAUUGCAAGAAGGGAAGUGUGGAUGAAGCUUGGCUUCUUUUUCUUGAUAUUCCGGGUAAAGGUUUGGUGCAUAAUACACAUACUUACACUACAAUGAUACAUGGAUUAUUUAGUAAAGAUAGAAUUGUUGAGGGCCUGAAACUUUUCGAGGAUAUGAAAGCUCAACAAGUGCGUCCUAACAUGCAUACUUUUACUACAUUGUUGGAUGGGAUGUGUAGGAAAGGGGAGAUUGACGAGGCUCUUUCAUUGCUGCGCAUGAUUGAAGAUGAAGGAUUUACCCCUGACAUAGUCAUGUACGGUGCUCUCAUUAAUGGGUUAUGCAAAAGUGGAAAACAUGAUGAUGCAAGAGAUCUUUUCAAUCAACUUCCUUCGAAAGGUUUGCAACCUAACGUUUCCAUAUAUAAUAUGAUCGUUGGUUCAUUUUGUCGAGAAGGGUGUUUGGAGGAGGUAAAACGCUUGCUUGUAGAGAUGGAGAACCGUGGUUGUGGACCUGAUCGUGUGACAUACCUUGUCAUCAUUAAGAUUCUGCUACAGCAAAAUGAGGUUGACGAAGCAAGAUCAUUCAUGAAAGAAAUGCGUGAAAAGGGAUUCUCAGCUUAUUAUGCAACAUCUUCAACGCCAAGUGGAGAUGGUUUUUAUUCAAAAUGGCAAAAUGGCUCGAUUGGUUGCGGACAGGGGAGUAUCUCCUAUUGAACUUAGAUGUAUUUAUUCAUGAAUUGUUUAGAUUUUGGCCUUGAACAUGCGAAUAUCAUGAAAGUUUAUUUGUUUUCAAAACUUGUUAUAUUUAGAUGAGCUAAAUGGUUAGUUGUUGAGGUUUUCUAUCUGCAUUUCUGUAUUUGCUAACUCUCAGAAUUUAUAUUCAUUUUGUUCUUUUA